GCAAGUCCCCCCCCCUCGGCCAGCCUGGAGCCCAAAGACAGAGAGAAUAUUGGUUUGAACCGAGAGGGGAGGGAACAGUUUUGAAGAAGGGAAAGGCAGCGAAGGACAAUGAAGAGGCGCAAUGCUGAUUGCAGCAAGAUCAGGAGGCCGUUAAAACGGAACAGGAUCACCGAAGGGAUAUACGGCAGCACUUUCUUGUACCUUAAAUUCCUUGUUGUGUGGGCACUGGUGUUGCUGGCAGAUUUUGUCCUCGAAUUCCGCUUUGAAUAUCUUUGGCCUUUCUGGCUCUUCAUCAGGAGUGUUUAUGAUUCCUUCAGAUACCAGGGUCUGGCUUUUUCAGUAUUUUUUGUUUGUGUAGCAUUCACAUCAGAUAUAAUAUGCCUACUCUUCAUACCAGUGCAGUGGCUUUUCUUUGCUGCCAGUACUUAUGUAUGGGUUCAGUACGUCUGGCACACAGAAAGGGGAGUUUGUUUACCAACUGUAUCACUAUGGAUAUUAUUUGUUUAUAUAGAAGCAGCAAUCAGAUUUAAAGAUUUAAAAAAUUUUCAUGUGGACCUUUGUCGUCCUUUUGCUGCACACUGCAUUGGCUAUCCUGUGGUGACGCUGGGAUUUGGCUUCAAAAGUUAUGUAAGCUACAAAAUGCGAUUAAGAAAACAGAAGGAAGUCCAGAAGGAGAAUGAGUUCUACAUGCAGCUCCUGCAGCAGGCCUUGCCGCCAGAGCAACAGAUGCUACAGAGGCAAGAAAGAGAAGCUGAAGAAGCUGCUACAGCCAAAGGAAUCACAGAUAUGGAUUCUGCACAACUCCCUCAACACAAUGGAGGAAUUCCAGCAGGUAGAAAAUUGGCGACAGCUUUACCAGAACUAGAAUACAAAGAAAAAGGGAAAGAUAAGGACAAAGAAGCCAAAAAACCCAACCUUGGGAUUAACAAUAAUAUUUUGCAACCUGUAGACUCAAAAAUACAAGAAAUUGAGUACAUGGAAAAUCAUAUCAAUAAAAGAUUGAAUAAUGAGCUUGUAGGAAGCACAGAGAAUCUCUUGAAAGAGGACUCAUUUACGGCUUCUUCAAAAAAUUACAAGAACGCUACUGGGGGAGUAAAUUCUUCACCCAGAAGUCACUGCACGUCCAAUGGCAGCAUUCCUUCCUCCUCUUCUGCUAAGAAUGAAAAGAAGCAAAAAUGCACUAGCAAGAGCAUGAGUACACACAAGGAAAUAAUGGAAAAUUGUAUACCUAAUAAUCAGCUCAGCAAGCCAGACACAUUAUUAAGGUUGGAACAGGACAUUAAGAAGCUGAAAGCAGACUUGCAGGCAAGCAGACAGUGCGAACAGGAAUUGCGCAGUCAGAUCAACUCUCUGACCAGCACUGAGCGUAGUAUCCGUUCAGAAGUAGGUCAGCUCCGACAGGAGAAUGAGCUACUACAGAACAAAUUACAUACUGCAGUGCAAGCCAAACAGAAGGACAAACAAACAAUCAGCCAGUUAGAGAAGAAACUCAAAGCAGAACAAGAGGCAAAGACUUCUCUUGAAAAACAAUUGAUGGAAGAAAAGAAGAGGAAGAAGCUGGAAGAGGCAUCAGCAGCUCGAGCUGUGGCACUUGCUGCAGCCACUAGAGGGGAAUGUACAGAAACUCUAAGAACUCGUAUUCGAGACCUGGAGACAGAGUGUAAAAAGUUAACAAUGGACAUGAAAGUCAAAGAAGACCAAAUCCGUGAGCUAGAGAUGAAAGUACAGGAACUGCGCAAAUAUAAAGAAAAUGAAAAAGACACAGAAGUAUUGAUGUCGGCACUUUCAGCCAUGCAAGAUAAAACACAACACUUAGAGAAUAGUCUGAGUGCUGAAACUCGGAUUAAGUUGGAUCUCUUCUCUGCACUAGGAGAUGCCAAACGGCAGCUGGAAAUUGCACAGGGGCAAAGCAUCCAGAAGGAUCAGGAGAUCAAGGAGUUGAAACAGAAAAUUGCAGAAGUCAUGGCUGUUAUGCCCAGUAUUGCCUACACAGCAGCAACCAGCACUCUGAGCCCUGUGACGCCACAUUAUUCCUCCAAAUUUGUGGAGACUAGCCCUUCAGGACUUGAUCCCAAUGCCUCAGUUUAUCAGCCCAUGAAGAAGUGACUGCGCGCCUCUUUCUCCUGUCCUUCCUAUUCCUCCCCAUCCUUUCCUGAACUUUAUCGAUGUGGUGACAUCAUGCAAGAGUGUUCUGCAGUCAAGAUGACAAUGUAACGUGUGACUGUACGUACUAGUUGUAGUCAAAAAAAAAAACAAAAAUACAAAAAAUGACAUCAUGGUGUCGACUAGAACUGCCCGAUGGCUGCUUCUUUUCCUGUAAAUUUUUAGAAAAAUCCCAGAACUUUGCAGUUUCUUUUUGGAAAGUCUGGUCAGUGCAUUGUGACUUCUCCUAGGUUUUUUCUUUCUUUUUACUUUCAUUUGGUUUCCUCUUGGAGAAUUUUUUUUAGAAAAAAACAGAUCUGCGAACCCACAUUCAUGCAUAAUGACAGGGUUGGAAACUCGGCAAUAAAUUUUAGAUUGAUUUUGACUCAUUGUUGCUGACUAACUCUUUCACUGAUGGCCCAUUUAAUCUGUUGAAUACCAUGUCACCUGUUCUACCACAAGUGCAGGAGUUCAGAGUUUUGAGUAAAUUUCCUCCAACAAUUUCAUGUGCAUCGGUCACCUGAAUUGAACUGUUUAACCUCAGCCCCUCCAAGAUUAGUGCUAACUUACAUUUCUAGCUCUAAACCUAUCUGGUGCUGUUAAGUAUUGUAAAAAUAUAUACAUUUUAACAGUGAAUGUCUCACUACAUGCUGGAAAUUAAAUGUGUUUUGGUUCCACUUUGAAGAAGACUGCAGAGUUCAAAUGGAAAGGGGAUGCACUUAGUUCAUGUGUUAGGAAUAUAUACAGUGCCAAUUAGACAUGGGAAUAGAAAAUUAAAUCUGUUAAUUAAGUUGUGAGAUGUGAUUUGUUUAUAUCCAACUUCUAGGUCCUGCUUUCAAUUAGAGUUAAUCCAAAAUAGGACUAAAGACAUCCAGAGAGAUAUGAAAGCCUUUUCUAGUAAAAUACUGAGUAAAAUAUUAAUGCUCUCUCCUCUUAUGACUUAAUUUAAAAUGAUUAUAUUUUACACAACAGUAACAUAAACUAAACACUCAACAAGUUACUGAAAGGUGAAUUUAUUUGUGUGAGGAGACUUAACACUCACAUCUGCAAGUUAUGGUUUCUCUCCUUCCCCAGCUCUUAUCCACAAAAUGUGCAUACUUUUCUGAGAUUAAGUUUGUAAUUAAUGGCAUCCUAACAAUAUAUUAAUGAAGCUAAUAUCAUUGCAGUUGGAAAAACUCAUUAGAGUGCCACUUAUGAAUAAUUUCAUGUCAAGACAUUUCUACAAUGUCCAAGCAGUUGAAAAUGACUAAGGUGGAAAAUGAGUGGCGUGGUUUGGAUGCAGAAUUAAGUUUGAUACCACAUUUGACUGUUUUGGUAUGAUGCUUCAUUGAACACCUGAGUAUUUUUCCAAAAGAGGCUUCAGUAACUGGGAUAUAAAUGCAUUAAUACCAUUUUAUAGAAAUCUAUUAUUUCACUUGUGUAACUGGAUAAUGUGAAAGGCUAAUUGAUUAUUUACACAACUGGUUAAGCUAAAAUUACCCAUAUAAUUCUAUAUAUGACAAAGGCAUAAUUUUAUUUUGACAAAAAAAGUCAUAAUGCUAUAGAAUGCCAAGUUUAUUAUGAUGUUGUAAAAUUUGCAUUAUACCUUGGCAAUUGGUUAACAGAAUAAGGAAGGGGGAGGGGAGGGUCACAUGAUUUGUUUUACAGUAAAAUUUAAUGAGAAAGCUAAUCCAUAAAGAUGCCAUUCCUUAAUCAGUGGGAGAAUCAUUAAGGUAUGCAUUUGUAAGUAACUGAUUAAAGUACCACCAAAUUACUAUGUAAUGAUACUGUUCUUGAAAGUAUGACUACUACUUUUCUACCACGCAAACACUGCUGUGGUUAUCAUAUUAACAACAAAAUUCAGUUUUAGUGAUUUCUUUUCCAGUAUUCUAGGAUAUUUUGCAUGUUACCAUUUAAGACCAUACAACCCUAUACUUCAGGACAAAUUGGAGUUCAAAGUAUAAUUGCAGGCUUUAAUGGGUAACAACUUUCAACAAAGCCUCAUAAUUAAGCAAAAUGUUUUCCUUUGAUUUUUUAAAAAAGUAAUCAUAGUGCCUUCAAAUUUGUAGCCAGAGGAAACCACAUUUUCAAUAAUGCACUCAUUCUUUUCCUUUGUCGUGUUCAAGGGUUUAAGUCAAAUUUUCAAGUAUCUCCAUUCAAGACUACUUGACACAUUUGAAACUAAAGUGUUGUGCUUUAUAUAACCUUAAGUUAUUGACACAGCUAUCUUCAUGUAUACUUGACGUCACUGCCUCAAUUUUAAGAAGUAUUACAGUUUUUUGUAUUUUUUGCACAGGUCAGCCGCAAAGUUUUUGUAUAUUGUCUCUCUCAGUUACCACUUGGUAUUUGUUCAGGAGUGUUUAUUUGUCCCCUUAUUUUUCAAUUUAAAUAUUUUUGAUUUUACAAAAAUUGGACUGUGCUAGAUCUGAAGAAUUAAUUAGUUUAAAUGAUCAUGAUUCAUCAGUUAAGGACAGGUGUUAAUUAAAACUGUUGAUUAAAGACUGACCUCUAUUUUCUAUUAGAUAUUUACUGUACUACACAGCUUGGUGCAGAAGAUAAUAUACAGACCAAAUGGAAUGUAUGUUUAUCCAGAAGGAAGGAGACUUUCCAGUGUAUAUCCUGACCUGAUGCAAAGAUCCAGUUUAAGUUCUUCACAGCUAGAUACCUAACUUUCUUCCCAUGAGGCAUCUACAUUGUCAUUACCUGAACAGUAUGUGAUUGUUAUGGGUGGAGUAGGGGAAGGAGAAAUUAAUUUUGUAGGAAGAAUAGUUUAUAAAACAAGGUAUGGAUUUACCAGUGAACGCUUUGUUUCAAAUAAUUUUUAUGUUGGGCUUGAACAUAAUCUGAUUUGAUUUGAGAUCAUUCCUGUCAUCGAAAGCAUCAUUUGUUUUAUAUAAUGCCAUAAAAGGCUUUUGCUUAAGUUUUGAGAGAAUUUUGUUACUGAAGUACACAAAAUGAGUUUUUACUUUGAAAUGGUUACUAGUGCUUCAUAGGUGGGUAAAAUGAAAUAUAUUUGUUUUUGGAUGAAUGUAAGAAAGUGAUUGGACUGAAGUGAUGAAAAGUCCAUCUUGCAUCCAUCCAAUCAUCCCAGCCCAAAAUUAAAGGCUUUGGCCAUGUGAUCUUGUGUAUAAAAGUUGACUCUUAAUCCUUUUUUUCUGUCCUAUAAGAUAUGUCUUCUAGCCACACACGAUAGACCCAAACAAUUGCCUCUUGCAGUUCACUUUCCAGUCCAGUGUUUAUUCAACUUAAUGAAAUAUACUUUUGAGAGCAAAUGAAUAUCUGACAGAUCUUUACCAUGUGGUAUUGUGAAACUAGAAUUCUGUUCAAAUCCCCUAGCAAUUUUUGUUUUGCAGUUAUGAUUCCUUUUUUCUUACUGAUUAUCAAAAAAAUACUCCUCCAUGUAGUCCAGUGGUCCAUAUCUUGUAGAUUUCUCUCCCAUAAUUCUGAAGUACAACCAUAUAGUGCCAGGGAAGACUAUUCCAUUGUAGCAGGCAUGUUCAUAUAUCAAGUUGUCUUGGAAUUCCAAACUCGUAAUCAUAUAGGUGGGAAGUAGCUAUUCAGCUGUUCCCAUGAAAUGAUCAUUGGCCUUGGUAAGUUACAAUGUGAUACAUUUACUUUUUCAAAAAUGCGGCAUUUGAUAUUUUAAACAGUGUUCUACAAUAUCGAGUAUUGAUUAUACUGUGAUACUGUCCCAAUAUAAUCCAAAGGAACUUCGAGCAAUGUCUCCACAAGGCAUAUUUAAGUGGUUUAAAUAAAAUUGUUUCAAGUGCAUCCAAAUAAAAUUUUCCAGUCAGGAGCUAACUUUUUAACAUCGUACUUGUCCAUCUAUACAGAUGUGUUACCUUUUAUAACCUUGGAAAACUGAGUAUAUAGUUUUGUAAGCUAAACUAGUAGCACUGCUGCUCUGUUUUAAGAUUUUGAAGUCUACAGAAGUAUGCAGUGAUUCUUAAUGUCUAAAUGUCACCUUCCCCACCCACAUUCCUCUCUUGAUUUGGAUGCCUAUUUUGCAUCUUGAACUAUUAAAAGAGCACUUCGUAUGCUUGCAGUAGACUCCAAAUGGGUUAGCAAUUUCCAGAUUUGUUUUUUCAAAAAUUUUUGUUUGAUAUUUAUCCCUUGGUUCAAAAUGAAGACCCUGUUUAAAUGACAAAUUAGUUUUUUUUUGAAAGGACAGGACUCUGUUGCAACCAGCAAAUAUUGCUAAGUUAUUUUUCUUUGACUGAGUACUAGCUUAAGCCAGAUCAGAGUGGCUUUGGCUGUCAUUUUCGAUUUUUGGAUCACCUUGUAUAAUUGUCACCAUAAAAAUGUUGCAGAAAAUUGUCUCAUGGAUUCUUUGAGCAUUGUGCAGAACAUGGAGUAUUGUCACUGACUUUUUUGUGUUGAAGUUAACAACCCCGUCUCCCCUUGUUGCCACUUUGGCACUUUUCUUUAUAUAACUUGUCUUGGCUGCAUUCUCUUUCUGUGGGGUUUACAAGGAA